AGCAGAGCUGUGAGUGAGUGCGUGCGUGUGCGUGUGUGUUUGUGCGCCUGUGUGUCUUUGAGGUGACAGUCGCUAGCUUUCACACUACAAGGAAGUGGAGGAUAUGUUGCUCCACUGAAGGUAGAAACUAACGCAAACCGUCGACCUUUCCGUACGAGAUUUCUGACUUUUCCAUCCAGCUCCCGAAGCAGUACCACCAUGUCAGCAUGUACCCCAUCAGUCUCUUCAGUGUGAGCUCACAUCAGCUACUUGUCACUGUGUUUGUCACUAUUUCUCUGCAAAUAUGGCCCCUAUUCCUCCUGGGAUUCGCCUGUUGGUUUCCUUCAACAGGGACCAGUGGUACAGAGCUCUCACCUUUAUCCUUACCUUCCUGCUCUACACUAGUUUCCACCUCUCCAGGAAACCCAUUAGCAUUGUCAAGAGUGAGCUUCAUAAGAACUGCUCAUCUGUCAGUGAGCUAGCCACCAUUGCCUCCAGCAGCAGCAGCAGCAGCGACAGCCAGCAGCCCUCCCUACCAUCUCUCCACACAGACAUGGACUGCAGCUGGAAGCCUUUUGAUAAAAACAACUACAAACAGCUGCUGGGAGCCAUGGACUACUCCUUCCUCUGUGCCUAUGCUGUCGGAAUGUACCUCAGCGGCAUCAUUGGGGAGCGUCUGCCCAUUCGACUGUACCUGACUGUGGGCAUGCUGACCAGCGGCUUGUUCACCUGCCUGUUUGGACUGGGUUAUGUCUACAACAUUCACAGCCUAGGUUUCUAUAUAUUUGUCCAGGUGGCCAACGGUUUGGUCCAAACCACUGGCUGGCCCAGUGUGGUGACUUGCAUCGGUAACUGGUUUGGAAAGGGAAGGCGUGGACUCAUCAUGGGCCUGUGGAAUUCUCACACCUCAGUGGGCAACAUCCUGGGAUCUUUAAUUGCCGGCUACUGGGUCUCCUCCAACUGGGGCCUGUCCUUCAUUGUUCCAGGACUCAUCAUUGCAGCCAUGGGCGUUGUCUGCUUCCUCUUCCUUAUUGAGCAUCCAAAUGACCUAAAGAGCAUGUAUGCUCAAAAUUCUUCCCCGGGCAAGAGUCAGGUGCGAACUAAGAAUUGGAAUGGAGUAAAUGGACAUGCAGAGGUGUAUCUGCAAUACAAGAACAGCAAAACCCAGGCAUACUACUAUUACGAGGAUAGUGUUCAGAACAGAAAGAGCUACGACACAGAGCUGUUGUUGCCCAGGGACAGUGUGUGUGUCCCUGUGCAACCGGUUGUGGUGGUGAAGAGUGAAUCAGAGCCGUCUGCCAUCAGCUUCAUAGGAGCCCUACGAAUACCAGCAAUCAUUGAGUUCUCUCUGUGUCUGCUGUUUGCCAAACUGGUCAGUUACACCUUCCUCUUCUGGCUGCCUCUCUACAUCACUAAAGCAGCUCAUCUGGAUGCCAAGAAGGCCGGAGAUCUCUCCACCCUGUUUGAUGUGGGAGGAAUUGUGGGGGGAAUCUUGGCAGGAGUGAUCUCUGAUAAACUGGGGAAGAGAGCCACCACCUGUGCAGUCAUGUUGCUGCUGGCUGCUCCUACAUUGUAUGGCUUUUCCAUGAUCAGUGAGUUCGGUCAGGGGCCAACCAUUGGUAUGCUGCUAGUGUGUGGAGGUCUAGUCAAUGGACCAUAUGCCCUCAUUACAACUGCAGUGUCAGCUGAUUUGGGGACCCAUAAGAGCCUGAAAGGCAACGCUAGAGCAUUGUCAACUGUCACUGCAAUCAUCGAUGGCACAGGAUCUGUAGGUGCAGCACUGGGCCCCCUACUGGCUGGCUUAUUGUCUGCAGGUGGCUGGGAUCAGGUCUUCUACAUGCUGAUGACUGCUGACUUCCUUGCUCUGGUGCUUUUGCUGCGACUUGUGACAAAGGAGCUUUCCUCAACUAAAUCCCGUCCCAUCUCCACUGUAGAGUUGAAGGAGCACUGAGCACUUUGAUUGAACUGUCUACACACACACACACAUUGAAACCACUUGUAUAAGCCUGAAUUGGACUGUGGCUCUGACAGUAACUGGAUUGUCCUGGACAUGAGACAUUAACCAUUAACCAUACACGUGCACACACAGAUGCAUUAAUAAACCAACAUUUAUGUAUGUGUGCAUACACACAAACUGCUAUGCCAGCUACAGUGGUUCGCUGUAAACAAGAGUCCUCUUGCGUCCCUGAGGAAGUGAUGAAGUUUUCCCCAGUGAAGCAGAUUUUGGUCUGGAGGAUUCUGUACUUGCACACAGAAAUGCAUACCUAAGCAACUUACUUGUCUUUUUCUCACCUCUUCCUCUUUUUACUUGUGGCCUAUUGUAGCCAGUUUGAACUUGAACACACUGAUCAAUCUACUCAAAUGAUUGGCGGAUAUAUAAAUCUAGCCUUAUUUUAACAUGUGUAUUAUUCAGAUAAAGUAGAAGUGACAGUUUAGGUAGCAGUAUUUGAAACAGCAACUUCCAUGACUGUGUUCCAAUGGAUCUUACUGUAGUUAUGGGCAGACACCUCAUAUUCUUAUUUUGAUAAGCCCAAGCCCUAACCUAACCAGAAUAUCUGUAACCCUGCCAUUCAGUUUAUGUCUAAACUUAACCAUCUUGACAAUUGUUUCUAAGGGACCAUUUUAAAUUUUAUACCUAAACCCAGCCUUCCAGUGGGAAUAUGAUCCCUGCUGUCAGACCUUUGAAUCAUUGUCUACCUGUCUGAUUUUUAAUUAACUCAAAUAGGUCUGGUGUUGUGCUUACUGGCAGCUUUGAAGAGAGAUUAAGAAUGCAGUUGUCAGAACUGGGUUGCCACACGCACAAAAAUAGCAACAGAAAAAUCUCCACAAAUUGUUGUAAAUUGACUCACAUAACCAAAAAAGCUUCCAUGCAGCUAAACUGUGACCUUUGUGGUACAGAUAAUCAAGUGAAAGAAAAAUACCAGUUCCGUCUGUUCCUGAGGCUCAUGCUCUGAUACAACUGCUUGAAUUUAGUGUUAAAAUGUGCUUGUUACCUUGUUAGCUGCUAGCUGGCAAGCUAAACUAAACACCUGUAAUUAGCUGCUGUAGACAAAGAGCCAGCCACAAAGAUUUUAUCUGUUAGACCUGUCUCCUAGUUUAGUCUGAUGUUAGUUAGAUGGCUUCAUCAAAUUAAAACGUGACUUUUUUUAAGCCUAAAAAGUCACCUUAACCCCAGGCUAUCACAGGAUAAGACCCAUGUUUCCAUGGUAACAGGACAACUGCUGACUAGUGGCACCAAAUUGAAGACAACAUAGCUCAUAAUCAGUUGUUUGUUAACACUGUGGUGUCCUGCCACAUUAAGUAGCAACAGUAGCUCAGGCCUGAACUGCACUGCAAUUUGAAGCUACUGGAGAUUUUUUGUAUUUACACUCUUCUCUGAAUUUUCACAGCAUAAUAUCUAUGUAACUGUUGAAUUCCUCCAGAGGGCAAACAUUUUCUGCUGGAGUGAAUGCUGAGGUUUGAACAAUAGCUCAGUCAGUCAUUGUUUUAGUUUUGAAAAAGGUCUACAUUUACCCAGAAUCCAUUGCAAAUGUGUCCUACUUCUGACACUCAAGAACCAGAAAUCUUUGUGAAAUUUUAAUCAGACAAAGGGCAUGUCUGGCCAUUAAGAAAAUUAAUCUUUUGUGGCCCCUUUCACACAUGAAGCUUAAGAUGGUAAAUGGUCAAUUACACACAUGAGGUGCCCAUAUUAUUGUUUUCAAGACUAGCUUCUAACAGCUUGGUCUAGAUUAACUGUGUAAAUACAUGUUUUUAUUUAAGAUGUUUAAGUUUGAGCAGCAGAAACAAAUUUCUGUUGUAUGAAGACAGCAACAAAUAAGUCAGUUAAAAAAAGAAAGGAAAAAAAAGGUAACUCUCCCACUCAAACAAUGUUUUUCUGUGGACGAAUGUAGUUGUCAGAGGGGUGGACAACCAAUUUUAAAUUCUGUGUGAUGCUGAUGUGUGAAAAUGGCACAUACUGAGACUGCUACAACCCUCCUCUGCUGUGUGAAAGUUGCUGUUUCAGUCACCUUUGCCUUACUUAACCAAAGAGACUGUGGGAUCAUGUUGUAAUUUAAAUAAUAUUAUACUUAUUUAGAUAGUCAUUUAACUUAUUUUGUCAGUUUUGUGGUGGUUUCUGAUAUUUUUUUUUCUUAGAAUUUGUUCUGAAAUUAAGGCACCAAAGUUGUAUUUUUAUAUAAAAUCUCUGGAUAAUAAUGUAUGUUUACCUGUGUAUGGGUGGAUGGGGGGAUCUAUAUUAUGAAUGUAAAGGUCUUGUCAUGUUAGAUGACUACACCUGUCAAACCUUGUGGAUAUAUUUUGCAGUGCAAUGUUGAUAAGUUUGAUACGUUUAUUGUUUAAAACAGUUGCUUAUAGUAACUGAAUUUUAUCUCUGACUAUAAAAUAGGACUAUCGGUGAAUUUGAUACUUCUUUCAAUGUUUGAUCUUGUAAGCAUAAAAAAAUCCUCUCGCUGAAAAUGGUAAAACUAAGACACAAAAAGCUAUUUUUUGUGGGGGUUUUUUUUUCCAGAUUCUUUAAUAUUUAUAAUUACAUUCUGUUUAUCAUUGUUAUUUAUUGCUUGCAUACUGUAUUAGAAGAAAAUCCACAAAAUAUAAACAUCUGUUAAUGUUAUAUACAUUUAUAUCUUAAACUCUGGGAUCAUUUCUUUUCAUUGUGGUACCAUUGAGACAAUAUUAUACCUUCCUUAAAGCAAGACCACAUAGACCACAAGACCAUAUAUUUAUUAUGUCAGUGGUAGGCCUAGUACUAAAACAUUGUGUACCUUGUUUGUUGUUUGUCUUUUUGCUAAACUGUUGAUUUUGAUGAAAAUAUAUGAAGGAUUUCACUGCUCUGAAUGAUCUCUGUUUGGGGUUGGAUCACUCUCAAAGUGCUCUGGGAAAAAAUAAACCAAUUGUUUUCUUCA